AUAGACGCGAAUGGGUUAAAUCCCCGUGUGCGGCGCAUCAUUGUAUUUGUACCAUUCCGGGGACGGCAGAGAAUUCAGCUCUAUAGGUAGGUUGUAGUUCAGCGUAUCACAGUAACGCCCAGCGCGUAGUACUCCACCGUUUUUCCGCUACACAGUGGGAGCCUGUACCUGACAUCAGGACACCUUUCAGCAUGGAUGCACUAAAAUCUGCCGGGAGAGCUAUAAUCAAGAGUCCGGGAGUCCCGCGACACACAUGGGGCACUUCCAAACAUGAAAAGCUGCCAGAGAACUGGACGGACACCAAGGAGACUCUGCUGGAGGGCAUGGUGUUCAACGUGAAGUACCUGGGCAUGACGCUGGUGGGCCAGCCCAAAGGGGAGGACAUGGCCGCCGCCGCCAUCCGCCGCAUCGUCACCACGGCCCGAGCCAGCACCAAGAAGUUCCGUAAGGUGACCCUGACCGUCUCACCCAAGGGGAUCAUCCUCACGGACACAGAGAGUGGUGACCUCAUCGAGAACGUCUCCAUUUACAGAAUCUCAUACUGCACUGCGGAUAAAACACAGGACAAGGUCUUCGCCUACGUCUCCCAGAGCCAGUUCAACGAGACGCUCGAGUGCCAUGCUUUUCUCUGUCAGAAGAAGAAAAUCGCACAGGCAGUGACACUCACAGUGGCCCAGGCAUUCAAAGUGGCCCUGGACCUUUGGGAGAUAGCCCAGGAAGACAAGAUCAAGAAAGCUCGCAUGUGCUGUUCCUGCUCAGGCAACGACCCCCAAACAGAGACGAAUCCCCACCCACACCCACACUGCGUCUCGGGUUCGGAGAAGAACUCGUCCCUGAGCGUGGACGAGAGGCUGCGGAAGCCCUUCCUGUCCGCAUCACUCCACUCGCCGUCACCACGUAGCAACCCGACCAAGAGACGGCCAAUCAAACAUGACUCCUGGGAUGUGGAAGAUGGUUUAGAUGAUGCCUUCUCAAGCAAUAUGGAGGUGGAGGAGAUGGACACAGACUGGCAGAGUCCCGCUCCGGACCGCCGUUGUCUGAAGCUGCAGCUCUGAGUCUGACGACAGCUGAUCUGGAGGACCUGCUGUCGGGCAGCGAAGAGGACGACUCAGAGUAAAGGACCCCUCGAGCACCCAAACCACCACCCAGCACACAUAAGCACAUACACACACACACACACACACACACACACACACACACACACACACACACCCCUCCAGUAGGGGCCACAGCGGUGCUCAGUUUAAAGAGACAGCCUGCCUCAUCUCCCAUUCAGCAUCUCACACAAGCCCAAGGCUCUCGCCAUCCUCCUUUACACUCCCAUCAAAACCACAGGGCCUUCUCUCUCUCUCUCUCUCUCUCUCUCUUCCUCUCUCUCUCUCUCUCUCUCGCUCUCUCUCUUCCUCUCUCUCUCUCUCGCUCUCUCUCUUCCUCUCUCUCUCUCUCUCGCUCUCUCUCUCUCACACACACUGACUGCAAUACUGCCAACACCUAUGAUCUUCUCACAAACACACACACACACACGUACACACACACACACACACACACACAACCAAAUACCUCGCAGACGGCACUGAAUCUCUCUCCACACACACAAUCCAUUUUUCAAAAGCAUCUCCUACCACAAGCCGCGGUCACUCUCUGUUGACGCUCACGGAUCCUUUUCUUUCUGACAGCGAACCGUUCCAUGUCCCGAGAGAAAGGCAUCUGUUCCCAUCCCGGUAGGCCACAUCUCCUGAGUUAUCAAUGCCCGCAGGGCUGAGAGCUCCGCCUAAUGGACUACAUUUCCCAGAAUCACUUAACCACAAAUUCUUGGCCACAAACCUACCAUCAAUAAUUUAUACAAAUAAUGGAACAAACAAAGGCAUUUUAGCUAUUGGUUAGCUACAUGGCAGAUGUGUGUAUUGAUGAUAUGAUGUUUGCUACGGCGUCCUUCUUUUUGAGAGUGUAGUGGGACCAAAAUAAACUUGGAUGCGCUCCCAGAAAGUGAGCCAGCCAUGUCACUCUAUGAUGUCUUUGAUAUGUUGGGGAUGUUAUGCAGAUGAUGACGCAGCAAUUUCACCUGAUUUUGUGUGUGUGUGUGUGUGUGUGUGUGUGUGUGUGUGUGUGUGUGUGUUACAAACUCUCCUUCAGUUAUCUAUGCGCUUGGUUCACCUGGUUUUUGCCAAGUGUGUGACUGCGAUACUGUGUGGUCAGACUUGAUCGGACUGAAAUGGCUGUGGUCACAGAGGACACAGUUUUCCACUCUGUGGCGUGAGAUUGAUAUCAGCACAGGAUUCUCUAACCAGCUACAGCUCGAGACUACCUUACUGCUGGGACCACCAGCCUACAUGCAUAUGGCUGUUUCAGUAGUGGCACAUACCGUCUGUUUUACACCUGCAUGCCGAGCGCAGAUAUGAAAAGGUCCAUUAACUAUCCUUCUAUCUCUUAAUCUGUUGUUUCUUGGUUUCGUUCAGGUUGCUUCCUUUUUUACUUUCUUUCUGUCGUCUUUCUAUCUUUCCCUUCCCUCUUCAUUUAUCAUUUGGUGUCUUUCUGUCUUUGGACAAACAGGGUAAUAAAAUGGAGAGAAACUGUCAGUGUGAAACUUUGAAGACAUCUCAGGUUCCAAGCUUACUGGAGUGUUUGGCACAUUUUUGCAUUUUCUUCAAGUCAGUAUGUCUGUCAUCGUGGCCUAUUUGUUCAACCGGAUAUUUGUUUCUCUUUUUUCUGCUUUUGAAAUGAAAACCCUGACUGUGGAAAACGGGGGCGAUUGUACAUGUCAUUUGACUACAUACAUAAAGCAUGUAUGAGAUAUCCAUAACACAUACAUGACACUCCACUGUUGUAAGAAGCAUGAACUGUAUGGCAUAUUGUCUGAUCCAUGCAUUCCUAUAUGUACAAAUGCAAGAUAUUGUUCAAACUUUAUACAGGCUCUCUUUAUAUAUGUUUAAUAUAUACUUACUAUGAAGUGAAUAUUUUGUUUUAUUUUCUUUUGAAAUUAGGUCAAGUUUGUUUAGAUUUGUGUACCAGAUCCUUGCUUGUAUUACAUUAAAGAGGUAGUAGCCUACUAUGUAUAGGAACUUUUGCAUUAUUGACAAACAAUUCUCAUAGUGGGAUUUGCUCUAUUUAAAAAAAAUAAAUAAAUUCAUGUUUGUGGCCUAAUGUUGAAGUUGAUAAUGGCAAUAGUUAAUUUACAUCCCCUAUUUACAUUCAUUAACCUGUUAAAAUGCUAAAAUCACAACAUUCAUUUCUAUAACAGUACACCCACUAGAAAACAAACAAACACGCAAGCAUCCAAACAAACUGGAAGAAAUGACAGAAGAAUAAUGAACCUACAAUACAGUGUGUUAUGAUAGAGUAUACAGUAUUUUUUUCAGAACUACAGUAGUAAACUUUAAUGACCUUUUAAAAGUUGUCUUAUGCUUCUCACCCCUUUAUUUCCCUUUGUCGGCUCAAUAAAGGUUAUUUCAUGCACACGAUCAGUAGUGAAGUACGAUAAUAGGGAGUCUGUGGUAACAUCUGGCUGUGGACAACAGAUGAAAAGGAGCCUUUUUUAUUAACUCUGGCAUACAGCUAUGUUAAUUGGAGCAGUUCUUGCUAAAUAGAUUAAUAUGAAUACAAAUAAUGUUUCUGCAAAAUCUAGUUACAAGAUUGACAAUUCAUAUAAAUGAAUAUGGCUUGACUGAGUCCUCUUUCUGAAUUACAAAACAAAUGGAUGAAAUCCAAGCAUAUCUAUUUAGCCUACUCUAUAUAGUCUUCUCUUCUCAAGGUCAACUUAUAACACAAUUUUGAGCUAAAUAUGAGCUCUUUGCACUUGAGUCUAAAACUUUAGAUUGGUCCUCUGGUUGCGGUGUGUGUCUGUGUGUGUGUGUGCGUGUAUGCGCUAAUACAUCUAAUUUAUUUUAGCCCUGCGUUCUCUCCCAGAGUUUGAAAUCCAAAGUGGAGGCUUCAGCAUGCGGAUGGAACUUGAUGUUAUGCAGUUAUUUUAGAUACGCCAGUGAGCAGUCUCUCAGGAGAUAAGGGCUGAAUAUCAAUUGACAAGCCUGAGAAAGAAAGAAAAAAAUAACUACAGUAAAGAAAAAAAGUCUUAACAGGUUCCUAUUUUUGCUAUUCUUUUGUGAAUGUGUCAAGGAGGUUAAAGCAGGCAUGGGCUGGACAUUGUUUUUAUUGCACCAGUCCGAAUGAGUCCUUGCCACAUUCACCUCCAUGCGGCACAGCCACUGGGUUAUUUUUGGGAGUACUUGAAUAAUGUCCACUGGCAAAAAGGCAUGCAUAAUUUCCCCAUCAGACUAGCCAACAUGUUGUGAAUGAAAGGAGACCAAUCAAUAAGCCGUAUUAAAACACAGCAUAGUUUUUUUUUCAUAUAGUUCCAAGUGAAAUUAUGCUACAGGAUAUAUUUUAUUCAACCAAGUCAGCCUUUCAGCCCCUGCUCUAUAAAUAUAUGUAAUGACUUGUUAGUUACCCUUUAACCC